UCACACCAAAAUUUCACUAACUAGUCACAAGCCACCACACUCCAAUGGAGGGUUUACACCUCACCAUUCUCUUCCUAUUAUCCUUGACCGUGGUUCACUCAAUAAGCCCAAAAUGUGACUUACCUAGCCAAGGUUCAACCCUUAGGGUCUACCACGUGUCGAGCCCAUGCUCGCCAUUUAGGCCAAAGACCGCACUCUCAUGGGAGGAAAGUGUGCUCCAAAUGCAAGCUGACGACAAGACAAGGCUCAUGUAUCUGACGAGCCUUGUCGCUGGACGAUCUUUCGUCCCUAUUGGGUCAGGCAGACAGAUCAUACAAAGCCCGACCUACAUUGUGAAAGCUAGCAUUGGGACACCGGCUCAAAGCUUGCUCAUGGCUUUGGAUACUAGCGCCGAUAUGGCGUUGGUUCCUUGUGCCGGUUGUGUUGGAUGCUCGUCUUCCACCUAUGAUUCGGCUAAGUCGGCUAGCUUCUCAUCGCUUACUUGUGGUGCGGACCAAUGCAAACAAGUCCAAACUUCAAGCUGCCCCGGUACAACAUGCUCGUUAAACAUGACAUACGGAGGCUCGACCCUCGCUGCUACCUUAGCCCAAGACAACCUAACCCUAGCCACCGACCCCGUCAUCGGAUACUCCUUCGGCUGCAUCAAACAAGUCACCGGAGGCUCGUUCCCGCCACAAGGCGUCCUCGGCCUCAGCCGUGGCCCGUUAUCGUUCAUUUCACAAUCUAAAUCCCUCUACACAUCCACAUUCUCAUAUUGUCUCCCAAGUUUCAAAUCCUCCAACUUUUCCGGCACACUCCGGUUAGGUCAAUUUGGUCAACCCAAAGGUAUAAACUACACACCACUAUUAACAAACCCUAAAAGACCUUCAUUAUAUUAUGUCAACUUGCUCGGAGUCAAAGUCGGAUCCACCAUGGUCAACAUUCCGGCGAGUGCACUAGCGUUCAACCCUAACACCGGCGGCGGCACAAUCGUGGAUUCCGGCACGGUGUUCACACGGCUGGUGGACGGAGCUUACACGGCGGUGAGAGACGAGUUCCGGCGACGGAUGGGAACCGCCGCCGUGACGUCACUCGGCGGUUUUGACACGUGUUACAAUGUUCCGGUGGGAAAACAAGUUCCGACGAUCACGUUUAUGUUCGCCGGACUUAAUAUGACGUUGCCGCCGGAUAAUUUUCUGAUCCAUAGCUCCUCCGGCGCCACCACGUGCCUUGCCAUGUCAGCAUCGCCGGCGGUUAAUGUGAUUGCGAAUAUGCAGCAGCAGAACCACCGGUUGGUGUUUGAUGUUGCGAAUAACAGGCUGGGGGUGUCACGUGAGAUCUGCUCAUGAGUCACGUGACAAGUGGGAGUUUGUAUUUUUAUAAUGUUUUAUUUAUGAUUAAGGUGUAGUGCUAUGUAUGAUAAGUUAUUGUUGGGGUUUUUUUUUGUAGUGAUUAUUAAUGCAUGUGAUCGAUCAUGGGUGUGUUUUUAUGAUUAAGUUGUAGUGCUAUGUAUGUAUGUAUGAUAUGUUAUUGUUGGGUUUUUUUGUAAAUUGUAAGUGGUUAUUCAUGCA